AUGUAUUCAGUUUGUCUGUUGAGCAGGUUUAUGGAAUCUCCUACGAGGCAACACAUGCUUGCUGCAAAAAGGGUGCUGAGAUAUUUGAAGGGUUCAGCCAGUCUUGGAAUUUGGUACAGCAAGGGAGAUGGGGAGGAUCAGCUCCUUGGUUACACAGACAGUGAUUACGCAGGGGAUGCUGAUGACAGAAGAAGUACAAGUGGAUAUGCCUUCUUCCUUGCUGGUGGGGUCAUCUCCUGGGCCUCAAAGAAGCAACCCAUAGUUACUCUUUCUACGACUGAGGCUGAAUAUGUUGCUGCUGCUUAUUGCGUUGCUCAUUGUGUGUGGCUGAAGAAGGUACUUGAAAGCAUUGGGUGGGGUGCUGCUGUUGCUGGGAAAACAGUCAUACUGUGUGACAACAGCUCUGCAAUUAAGCUGUCAAGAAAUCCAGUGCUGCACGGGAGGAGCAAGCACAUUGAUGUCAGGUUCCAUUUUAUCCGAGAUCUUGUGAAAAAUGGAGAAGUGGAUCUGGAGCAUUGUGACACCAAAGAGCAGGUUGCAGACAUCAUGACUAAACCUCUAAAGCUGGAAACCUUUCAGCUGUUGAGAAGCAAGCUUGGUGUGUGCGAUUUUACAGAAGUCGUCAAAACAGAUUGA